GAAGGACUCUGCUCACUGACAUGACUCCUGCACCAUGAGCAGCACCGCACAAGGCUCCGGACUGUAGACCUUCCCUAGGACCUGGUGAAGCGCAGGAGACCAAGAGACGCCAUGUUCUGUGCUCAUUUUAUAGCUGUCCUCGUCAUGGUCACAGGGACCAUUCAGAAAGCCACCAGUCAACUGAGAUGCCAAGAAACACAAUACUACAAUGAAAAGGAGAAUGACUGCUGUCUCAGAUGUCCUCAAGGUCUUGUGACGCACUCUACUUGUGUUAAAGACAUUAAAAACGAAUGUGUGAUGUGUACUGGACCCAAUGAGUUCAUUGACAGGUCCCGGAAUCCUCCAACAUGUAUGGCUUGUAAAUUGUGCAGGAAAGAAUCUUUUCUUGUAGAGGUCCGGAGCUGCUCCCUUUUCAUGCCAGCGAUCUGCGAGUGUAGACCUGGCUACUACUGUCAGACGCCUGUGGAAAACUCAUGUGCCCGCUGCAAUCUCUUCAAACGGUGCCCACCAGGACAUGGCGUAAAGAAAAAAGGCUCCCCUAAAAAGGACACAGAAUGUGAAGCUUGUCCCAGCGGGACUUUCUCCGAUGUGGACUCAGCCACAGAAACAUGUAAACCGCACACAGAUUGUAAGAAAUUGAAUCAAGUGACCGUUCAGAGGGGCACCGUUACAACUGAUACUGUGUGCAGGGGACCUAAAGAUCCAGAGCUCAAAUCAAGAGAGAGCAACACAGAUAAGACUACUUCCGACACCACGGUCCGUCACACCGCCACCCCUGACAUUACCACCUCUGGGCCGUUCACUAGAACAUCCAAUAGUGGCACACUUGACCCAGGAGAAUGGAGCAUGGUAUAUGUGAUAGCCACCGUCAUCUGUGUCAUCUCCCUGCUCGUCGCAUUCUUCCUGUCCUGGAAGCAGAAUAUCUGCCACCUCAAGCUCUGGAAUUUCACCCAACCUGAGCUUUUUAGGAGGACAGUGAUAACAAACAUGGAAGAAAACAAUGAGGAGGAACUACUGCGAAGGGAGAAUAUAACUCCCACGACCUACCAAAGGACAGAAAAUACACAGAAUGACUGGACAAUGGAGAACAAACAUGAAAUACAACAAGAAAGAGACCAAAUGAACAACCGGAUUGAAAAGAUCUACAUCAUGAAUGCUGACACUGUCCUUGUGGGCUCCAUAUCAGAGACUUCUACUCGCUGGAGAUCAGCAACAACAGAAUGUCACGAAGGUCUGCCACUGGCGUCUCACUACCCAGAGCAGGAAUCCAGCAACUUGUCCGCAAAUGACCUUAUGAUUUCUAUAGAAGAGGAAGAGAGAGAGUCCUGUGCAGCAAAAGCCUUACUUGAAGUGUAAGACUGCUACCAGACUGCCUGGCAUUGGCUGCACUCUACGUUUAUAAAGAAUUAAGAAAUGGCAGAAAUCGUCUGGUCACCCACAGAAGCCUUGACUCAGCUAUAAGAAGGCAAAUCAGAUUACAAUGGUCAUAGACUUUCACAAUGAACAUAUGAGCGGUGACCAUGAGCUGUCAGAUAUGUGUUCCAUAUGGAUCAAUGAUCUCAGACCCCAGAGUCCUAUGAAGAAUUAACCAUGACAUGCGAGAGAGGCGGACCAUUCAGUGUUGUCAUAUGUUGUACCAUGUGGUAACACAAACACAGAGGACAAUAUCUUCAUUGAAAAAACAUAAAAAACUGAUUGUAUGUGUCUUCGGACUGUACCUUGUGAAAGUUGUGUGUAUGUCACUGUUUCUGUAUAGUUGCAACGUUAUUUUUUCCCACACCAUGAAAAUGUUGUUCAACCAUACACUAUGUGGACAAAGGUUAUGGGACACACCUCACCUAAUGAUUCAAUUCAGGUGUUUCCUUCAGUCCCAUUGCCACAGGUGUAUAAAUUCCAGCCCCUAGGCGUGCAGUCUGCCUUUACCAACGUUUGGGAAAGAAUGGCUCGUUCUAAAGAGCUUAUUGAAUUCCAGUGUUUUACUGUAAUAGAAUGCCACCGCUGCUACAAGCCAGUUUAUGAAGGUUCUUCGCUCCUAGAUAUUUCACAAUUAAGGUCUCAUGCACACGAACGUUGUUUGGGUCCGCAUCCAAGCUGCAUUUUUUGCAGCAGCAUUCCGUGGCUCCGCAUAAAAAGUAGAACAUGUCCUAUUCUUGUCCGUUUUGCGCACAAGAAUGGGCACUUCUAUUAUGGGCUGCUCGUUCCGUUCCGCAAUUUGCAGAACGCACACAGGCGGCAUCCGUGUUUUGUGGAUCUGCAAUUUGUGGACCGCAAAACACUGCGCGGUGUAGGAAG